UCUCUCUCUCUCGCGCGUUGAUAUCCAGAGCUCGAAGGAGGGGCAACGAUGGCGAUGAGGGAUCUCGUCACCGGAGAGCCGUCUUGCGCCGUCCCAGGAAGCUCUUCCUCGAACCCCUUGGGUGCUCUCGCUAGCAGGAUCCUUGGAUCAUCCAGCAAGACCCAGGAUUUGAAGGGACUUCCUGGAACUUCAGUGACAGUUCCCGACGGUGCUAGGACUGAAGCUCCUUUGACUACCAUUCCAGGUUCUGAAUAUGAAGGAGAGCAGUAUCAGCCACCAAAUCUGCAGAGUUCAGAAUUUUUGCGAGACUUCCAUGCCACUGGUCAUGGUGAUCUUGCUGGUGCAUGGGAUGAGAUCCAGCGACCUGCAAUUCUUCCUCAUGUCCCAGGAAGAGGAAUUGAACCUUACAUUGCUGAAUUUGAACAGAUAUAUGACCGUGGUGCUAGUUCUUUCCCUCAACCCAUCCUAGAAGGGCCACCACAGAGGGUGUUAUCCAGUUUCUUGCAUUCUUUCUUGGAGAGUAGUCGUACUGGUGUGCCAUUUCGUCCAGCACCUCUUCCCAUGCUCGGGUUGUCUGAAGGAGACAAGCAAUGCAUACGUGAUCGUAGCUGCAUAAUGGCACGGCAUAUUUUUGCUGACAAAAGUGAAGAAUAUAUCACUGCACAGGUAAACGCAUUACUACACUCCUUGGAUAUUGACAGUGAUCAUCGAGUUAGAGGGCCUAUUCGUGGAGCUUAUCCAGAAUUGGAAGAGUACUGGACUGAAUCCCAAGGUUCUAUAAAACCAGGGAUGCCUCAUUUAGCAGACAAGUGGAUUUCUGAGUUUAGUCAACAAAGAGAAGACAAUAACCCUGAGUCAUGGGCAAACUCUUUUGAACAAGCACAUGGCGCCAAUGGGUGGGCAUCUGAAUUUGAGCGGGAGCAAGCUCAGAUGACAAUGUUUGGACAGGCAGGAGGUGCUAACAUGGCUAAUAUGGCAGCAAUGGAGCAGAGUCGUAUGCUUGCACAUACUCUGGCACAAAAUACAGAUCCAAAAUUUCAGAAUUCAAAGUUUCUCCAGUUUGUAUCAAAAAUGAGCCGUGGGGAGCUUAUUGUUGAUGAGAAUCAAAUAAAGCCCAUAGCUGGUGAUGUCUCAGGUGGUUGGGCUGAUGAAUUUCAAACACAGCAUGGUGCUCAUCCUAGCACUUGGGCUGGUGAAUUUCAAACAGAAUAUAAUGCUAAUUCUAACACUUGGGCUAAUCAGUUCGAACGUGAAGGGCUUGCAAAUGGAGCCAAUAAAUGGGCAAAUGAGUUUGCAAGUGAGCGUGUUCUGCGAGGUGGUGAUGAGUGGGUAAAUGAAUUCUCGAAUUUACGAAUUGAGGAUUGGGGAGAGGAAUUUGAACAGCAGUUCAGUGGGGGUGUUGCUGGUGAAUGGGCAGAUUCAUUUGACAAUUUUAUGAAUGAGCAAAGGAAGCAAUCUGAUACUUCAAGAGGAAUUUAUGAAUUCUCUGAUAUGAACCCAUAUGUCGGUCGUCCCAAUCCUUUGAAAGAUGGGCAGGAUCUCUUCCGUAAGGGCCUUUUAAGUGAAGCAGUUCUUGCUUUAGAGGCUGAAGUUCUCAAAAAUCCUGAAAAUGCAGAAGGUUGGCGAUUACUUGGAAUAACACAUGCUGAAAAUGAUGAUGACCAACAGGCUAUUGCAUCCAUGAUGCGCGCCCAACAAGUGGAUCCAGCAAACUUGGAAGUGCUCCUUGCUCUUGGUGUCAGUUAUACCAAUGAGUUAGAACGAGAAGAGGCUCUAAACUAUCUCUAUAAAUGGCUUCAAAACCAUCCAAAAUAUGGGUCUCUUGCUCCUGCUGAGCUUGCUAAUUCCCUGUACUACGGUGAUAUUAUUAGAUUGUUCAAUGAAGCUGCUCAGCUGGCGCCUGAGGACGCCGAUGUUCAUAUAGUACUGGGAGUCUUGUACAACCUGACAAGGGAUUACGAUAAAGCCAUAACAGCCUUUGAAACAGCAUUAAAACUCAAGCCGCGUGACUACUCUUUAUGGAAUAAACUUGGUGCCACUCAAGCAAAUAGUAGUCUCGGCACAGAUGCGAUAUAUGCAUAUCAACAGGCACUAGAUUUGAAGCCAAACUAUGUUCGUGCAUGGGCAAAUAUGGGUAUCAGCUACGCCAAUCAGGGUAUGUAUCUGGAGUCUAUUCAGUACUAUGUGAGAGCACUCGCAAUGAAUCCCAAAGCCGAAACUGCAUGGCAAUACUUGAGAACAUCUCUCGACCUUGCAUCCCGGCACGACAUGUUCUCCGCCUGUGAUUCACGGAAUCUCGAACUUCUCCAGAAAGAGUUCCCUCUUUAAUCUCAUAGAUGAUCUUAUAUUCAGAGAGGUCUUUCAGUGUAUAGAACAGCAACAGAGCUACCAAACACAAACCAAUUAUAAAAUAUCAGUUUACUUUAGACUAAAAUUGCAUCCAGAUCCUCAAUGUGCAAUAUAUCUUCUUGAUUUUGGGAAUUCAGGGAAUAAAAUUACUUUCAGUUGAAGCUGAAGAUGGCAGCCUUCGAUCGUCGCCGAUCAGCAUGCAAAAUACUCCAUGACACAACUUGUUUAGGUUUAUUUUUGUAAAAUAAUAACUUGCAGAUGUCCUUAUCAUACAUGUUCUAUAGCUCACAUUUGGAUUACUCUGAGGCAUUGUUAUUUUAUUUUUUAUUUUUAUUUUGCAUAAAAUAUCAUUUUAUGUU